CUUCACACAAGAGGAAACCCUCCAUAUGAGAUUUGAGAACGCCCACAGGCUUCCACAAAUCCAACUAAAAUAAAAACCAGGAAGCUAUGAGAAAUGCUGGGUCCGCACGUGAUGGGUCUACGCUUCCGAUUUGUAACCGAUCUACCAUCACAAUUAAAAAAGCGACGAUUCGAGUUGGAAAACCACGCAUACCAGUUGAGGAAAAGUGAAAGCGAAUCAACGAGGAUCUGAAUGGAACCAAGCUCAUCAUACAGUGUAGAUACAAAUAAUCUAUUAACAUCACAUUGGACAACGCUUGUAAAUUGAAAAGAAACCAGUAGCUUGCAAAAGGGACAGACUACCUUUAAGGAACCAUUGCAGACGGAGCAUUGUUUUCAAGAAAUAUGACUGACUUUGUGAGCCUUAAUGUCGGAGGUACGAUAUACACAACAUCUCGAGCUACAUUGACUCGUUUUCCUGAUUCAAUGUUAGGGUCAAUGUUCAGGGGUCGACUCCCUUCCACAAAGGAUGAUAAGGGGAAUUACCUUAUUGACGGGGAUGGCUCCUUAUUUCGGUAUGUUCUGAAUUUCCUACGGAGGUCCAUUCUCGUCUUACCCGAAGACUUCAAAGAGCUCGACAUGCUUGUACAGGAAGCUGAUUUCUACCAGAUCAAGGAAUUAAUUGAUGCUGUGACUCAGAUCAGAAAUAGGGAGGAAGAAAAGCGAGCUAAAUCGGAACACGUCAAGGAGCAAGAGCUUCUAGAGGUGGAGCAUAUCAAUGGAAAAUACUGGACAAUAUAUGGCAGUUCUGAAAUCCUUCAGAAAAUCCCAGUAAUUAUGGAAGCAUGGGACCGUAUGGGAUAUGUUAGCAGACCCUCGGUGGACCCCAUUUUUGGUCCCGAAGAAAAAGGUUUCAAAUUUUCACCAAAGUCCCCCUUGAAUCGUUUACAAUUUUUCAGGCAAAUUACUCAGUUAGGUUUCAAACUUGUAUCGGUAUCAUCAAGGGGAGGUUCCGGGGACUCAGUGGAUAUGUGGAGCUUUACAAGAGAUUUAAAAUUCGGUGGUGGUAUGCCUACGUGUACAACUCCAACAAAGGCAAAAUAUAUUUUCAGCUUGCAAAAGGGACAAACUAUCUUUAAGGCACCAUUGCAAAACGGAGCAUUGUUUUCAAGAAAUAUGACUGAUGUUGUGAGCCUUAAUGUCGGAGGUACGAUAUACACAACAUCGCGAGCUACAUUGACUCGUUUUCCGGAUUCAAUGUUGGGGUCAAUGUUCAGUGAUCGGCUCCCUUCCAUCAAGGAUGAUAAGGGGAAUUACCUCAUUGACGGGGAUGGCUCCUUAUUUCGGUAUGUUCUGAAUUUCCUACGGAGGAAAAUUCUCGUCUUACCCGAAGACUUCAAAGAGUUCGACAUGCUUGCACAGGAAGCUGAUUACUACCAGAUCAAGGAAUUAAUUGAUGCUGUGGCUCGAGCUAAAGAACGCGUCAAGAAGCAAGAGUUUCUGGAGGUGGAGUGUUCCCAUGAUUCACGCUUUCCAACCUGGGAAAUAUUUUGCAGAUCUGAAAUCCUUCAGAAAAUCCCAGUACUAGUUAAGAUAGGAUUUGUAAAGCGGCCCUGCAUUACUGGUACCGAAGAGAAUGGAUUCUCAAUACCAAGCAAGCCCCCCUUGAAUCGUGUAAAUUUGUUCAUGCAAAUUACUCAGUUAGGUUUCAAACUUGUAUCGGUAUCAUCAUCAGGUAAAGAUGCUCAGGCGAGGGUAGAUAGAUGGGUCUUUACAAGAGAUAGGUCCAUUCUCGUCUUACCCGAAGACUUCAAAGAGCUCGACAUGCUUGCACAAGAAGCUGAUUACUACCAGAUCAAGGAAUUAAUCGAUGCUGUGGCUCGAGCUAAAGAGCACGCCAAGAAGCAAGAAUUUCUGGAGGGAACCAUUGCAGACGGAGCAUUGUUUUCAAGAAAUAUGACUGACUUUGUGAGCCUUAAUGUCGGAGGUACGAUAUACACAACAUCGCGAGCUACAUUGACUCGUUUUCCUGAUUCAAUGUUAGGGUCAAUGUUCAGUGAUCGGCUCCCUUCCAUCAAGGAUGAUAAGGGGAAUUACCUCAUUGACGGGGAUGGCUCCUUAUUUCGGUAUGUUCUGAAUUUCUUACGGAGGUCCAUUCUCGUCUUACCCGAAGAAUUCAAAGAGCUUGACAUGCUUGCACAGGAAGCUGAUUACUACCAGAUCAAGGAAUUAAUUGAUGCUGUGACUCAGAUCAGAAAUAGGGAGGAAGAAAAGCGAGCUAAAUCGGAACACGUCAAGGAGCAAGAGCUUCUAGAGGUGGAGCACAUCGAUAGAAAAUACUGGAAAAUAUAUGGCAGUUCUGAAAUCCUUCAGAAAAUCCCAGUAGUUAUGGAAGCAUGGGACCGUAUGGGAUAUGUUAGCAGACCCUCGGUGGACCCCAUUUUUGGUUCCGAAGAAAAAGGUUUCAAGUUUUCACCAAAGUCCCCCUUGAAUCGUUUACAAUUUUUUAGGCAAAUUACUCAGUUAGGUUUCAACCUUGUUUCGGUAUCAUCAAGGGGAGGUCUUGCGGACUCAGUGGAUAUGUGGAGCUUUGCAAGAGAUUUAAAAUUCGUUGGUGGUAGGCCUACGUGUACAACUCCAACAAAGGCAAAAUAACAUAGCUUGGGUCAUGGCACAUGCUUCUGUAGGCAAAUUUGCAACAACAAAAAUAUUCAGUGAAAUCUAUUCACACUUCUUUGACUCAUGGUGAGGUACAAUUUAAAUGAGAUGACAGGAUUAUAGAAGGAAUCCCGAAGCGACGGGAGAGAGAAAUAAUUCAUUAUUGUGAUUUUUGCGUCCCACAAAAUUAUGAUUUCCGCAUUAAAUAUUUUUUACAAAUACAUGAAUUGUGUACAUAAUACUAUCCUGCAUGUAGCUAUAAAAACCCACUUGAUUCGGUCAUUUUUUGUUUUAUUUGAAACCUGGAAACUGCAUUUUAGCAUCUGUAUGAUUAAUUUCCACACUUCUAGGCAAAUCAUUUAUAUACGAUUGUACCUACUGGUCAAUACUUUGGUUCGAAUGGAUGAAAUUGGAGAAAAAAAAUUAGUAGUGGUAAACAGUUUACAUACACUAUAUUAUUGUGUCAAUUUACCUUGUCAGCGCAACAGGUUGUUUUCAAUUUCAUUUCCAAUUGAUGUUGAUUUUAUGUUUGUUUGUUUGAUAUGUUUCUUAAUUGUGUAUUUUAUGCACAUAUCUUGAGCAUAUUGCAUGGUGCACAGUAUAAAUAAGAAAUGAGAAUCAUUCAAA